GUAGUAAUUCCAAAGAUUUCGAACAAAAAUUUGAUCAUAUUAUUGACUAUGUUAUGGAAAUAACGGCUUGUCCUACUGAAAACAGCAACAAAAUUAAAAAGGAGCUCCGGAACUUCAAGGCCCAGCUACGUAGUAAGUGGAUUAUGUAUUCUAAGCACAAUGAACGACUUGUAGCAAAUGAAAAAAGUUGGUUGGAACAAACUUUUGUGUUCCAAAAAUCAAUUGUUCCUAGGGUAGGGAUGGGAAGACGUACGUUAGAAUUUGAGGAAUGCAGUGAUCAAACUAAACGUAGGAAAACUGCUGCCUUGCGCUCUGAGAAUCCGGCAAGUGCCUUGGCUUUUGCUGCUCAGAUGUCUUUCAGAGCUGCCGGGAAAAUUCAAGAAGCAGAAGUUAUAAAAAAAGUUUCACAGUCACAUAACUACGCAAAAGAUUGCCUUGAUUUAACUCUUAAUUCAAAAAUUAAAAAAUUGUCUCCACGAGAAGCACUUUCAAUGAUCAUUGAAGCUCAACUCUCUAGAAAGCAGUACGAAAUCAUCAGGAAUAUUGCUAAAGAUCUGUUUCCAUCGUAUAAAAUGAUUCAAGCAGAAAAGUCUUUAUGCUAUCCUAAUAACAUUUCUGUUAGUGAAACUAAAGCUGAGGUGUCUCUUCAGUCGUUGCUUGAUCACACAGCCAAUCGCUUACUUAAUUCACAGCAAAAUAUUUUUGAACUUUGCACUGUUAAUCCAUCUGACGAGAUUGUUUUAAUUUCAAAAUGGGGGUUUGAUGGCAGUUCCAGCCAUACGCAGUAUAAGCAAAAGUUUAUAUCUGAAUGUUCUGAUGAUAAAUAUAUGUUCUUAACUUCCCUAGUACCUUUACGCUUAGUAUUAAAUAAAACGAAUGAAAUCCCAGUUGUCUUGUGGCAAAACCCUAGACCUUCCUCACCCAGAUUUUGCCGACCCAUUAAUCUUGAAUACGCAAAAGAAACAAAUGAACUUGUGAAGGAAAAAAAAGAGAAAAUUGAUAACGAAAUCAGAAACUUAAUAAGUUCAGUAGUUAAUUUAAAUGCUUGUUCAUACAAAGUCACUCACAAACCCAUAUUUACUAUGGUUGAUGGGAAAAUAUGCAAUUCCUUAACUGAUACAAAUUCCACGCUCAGAUGCUAUUUAUGUGGCGCAACGUCAAAAGACUUUAAUAAUCUUGAGUUAGUUAGCCAAAAAGAAACACAAAGUGAUUACCUGUCCUUUGGCAUUUCUGUACUGCACUCAUGGAUUAGAACUUUUGAGUGUAUACUGCAUCUUGCGUACAAAUUACCGAUAACUUCUUGGCGUGUCAGUAAAGAAAAUAAAUUUAUCGUUGAAGAGAAUAAAAUUAGAAUACAGGCAGAAUUCAAGAGCCAAAUGUCUCUCAUUGUGGACAAACCGAAGCCUGGUUUCGGAAAUAGCAAUGAUGGUAACGUAGCUCGAAAGUUUUUUCAAAACUAUGAAGCGUCUUCAAAAGUUACAGGAGUAAACCCAGAGCUAAUCAGACGAUUUUAUAUGAUACUACAAGCAAUAUCAAGCGGCUUCAAUAUCAACCUUGAAAAAUUCCAAAAUUACUGCCAAGACACUGCUCGUUUAUAUGUAGAAUUAUAUCCGUGGAUGCCAAUGACCCCAACUGUACACAAAAUCCUUAUUCAUGGGCCUGAAAUUAUCAAUAACGCUUUGUUACCAAUUGGCAUGCUAAGCGAAGAGGCGCAAGAGGCCCGUAAUAAGGACUUUAAAACAUACAGGGAAUAUUUUAGUAGAAAGACAUCCAGAAAAGAUAAUAUAACUGAUAUUUUUAAUCGUUUAUUUAUCUCAUCUGAUCCAUUUAUGAGUCUUAUGCGCUCAUUACCUGUUAUAAAUCGAAAAUCAUUCGACCUUGAAGUUGUGAAUUUAUUAGAAGAAGAACGUUAAAAAAUUGUACUUUUUUUACCUUCUACUUUGUAAUUCUAAUUGUAAAGUAUGAAUCUACAUACGAGUAUACCUAUUUUUUAAAUGAAUUAAUAAAAAUAUUAGUUUUAUAUAAAUUGUAUUUCGUUUUCAUUUAUUAUACACCCAUUUUUUAAACGAAUCCCACACAUACAGACUUUUGAGCAUGCUCUCCAUACAACCGGCCCCAGUGUGCAUCGUUGGUAGACGAGUUAUUCUAAUUUUCUUUUGUCAUAGGGGCUGUCAUAAAUAUAUUGAGCGCUUGACGGCCAUGGUGCUUUCAAUAUGUGAAGCUGAGGGUGGGUAGCUCAGGGGUGUCAUUAACAUCUAAGACACCGAGUGCAUCGAAAGGACGAGUAGGUAAAUCAGUUCCAAAAUUCUAGGUUCAUCUUCGAGCAUUUUUAAUAAUUUUUUUUUGUAAGUGAAGUAGUUUAAUUUUUCAAUCCGUUUUGUCUGUCUAUGUCUAUUUUUAUUUCAGUCCUAGUUUGUUUUAACUUUUGGAAUUUUGGUUUCUUUUGAGUAGGUAGUAAUUUUUUUUGUUCGUUGUUAUUUUUUUUUUUUUUGUUGUAAACAGGCAUAAAAUUAACACGGUAGUCCGGCAUGGCAGGCCAAAGAACCCACCCCACAUCCGGCGAGCUUCAGCAAGCAAACAAGUAUGCCUGGCCUGGUCCUAGCCUACCGGACACUCUUCUAUCCGCAUUCUUGUGUAGGAUCAGUACCUACAGGAUAGAAGAGUUAAUAAAAAUUUUAUACCGUUACA